AUGAGGAUUACAAGGUCCAAGUCCACGUCACGGACAUUAGAUCCCCAGGAGACGCAGACUGGAAGGGCUGGAACUCCCAGCCAAAGAGCUAGAGUAGCAGCAGCAGUAGCUAGAACUUCAAAUGAUACGGCCCGAAAGAAUCAUAAUCCUACUGAACCGAUUAAUACUACUGACCAAACACAGCAUCCGCGAGGACACUCACCGACUAAGGCACCCACAACCGGCACACAGACGACACUUCACGGUCACUUCUCGCGGAACCCGUCGGUUGCCAGCAUCCGCCAGACGGCCGAUUUCCCCACGGGUACUAGUCAGCCUGCGGGUGAAGGACAAGAACGGGAGGUGCCACAGGCCGGGCUGGAGAAUGCGGGGACGGAAGCGGAGAAGUUGGACCACGCGCAGUUGUUAAAAGACGCGGGACGCGCCACCGCUGAGGACCUUGCAUCCGUGCAAGGCCUGGUUACGGUGCUGGAAGCCAUCGCAAGCGAGUUGGUGGAUAAGGGAGAAUUCCAGGCGCAGCUUUUCGCUGUUGGGGAGUUGAUCAAGGAAAGGUCCAGAGCUACACCAUCGACCCAGGCAUUGUCGGCAGUCGAGGAGACGGUGAAGGAUUUUCUGGAGGGACAUGCGAAGGAAAUGAACCGGCAGUUUGGCAUGGUGCACGACAAGAUUAAGGAGUUGGACGAGCGGACGAAGACCAGCAGCGCUCAAGCAGAGAUAGAUCCCAAGGCGUACACGGACAUGCUGAUGGCUCCCGCACAACCCGCGCCACCCGCACACCCACCGCCUGCAACUACAAUGCAAGAGGCAAGAGCGCGCAGCAAUGAGGCUGUAGAAACACGGAAGGUCACCUACAAUGCUGCACCAGGUCCUGUACCAGCCCACAAGGUCAAACUACCACGCCGCAUCCACCUCUACGAGUUCAAGGAGCAUUAUAUCAACGCGAUCAAAGAUGGAAAACUGGAGGAGAUGGCGAACAUGAAGCUGACAGUCAAGUUCGUGUACGCGGCGCGCGGAGGAGGCGUCAAGGUGGAGAUGACCACGGGAGAGGCAGCCGAAUGGCUACGAUCGGAGAUAGGAGUGAAGGCGCUCGAGAGGGAGAUAGUGCUUCACCUGCUAACGAAGGAACAGCUGUACAACACGAUGGUCCAAUUCGUACCGCUCACCUUCAAACCAGCCGACGCAGACUCGCUACGCGAGAUGGAGCAAGCGAACGGGCUACCGGAGAGGAGCAUAGCUCGAGCCCAGUGGAUCAAGCCUGUCGAGCGCAGAAAGAACACCCAGAUGUGUGCACACCUGAUGAUCUCGUAUCGGGCGCCCGAGCCAGCCAACCAAAGCAUACACGAUGGGCUUCAAAUCUGUAACAAACGGCUGGAAGUGCAUCGGCAGCGGUGGGAAGCUAGACAGUGCGGCAAGUGCCAAUCAUUUGACCACCUAGUUGACGCAUGCACCUCGCCCGUCAACGUCUGCAGCACUUGCGGCGACGAUCACUACUCAAAGGACUGCCCUCGCAUCGGGAAACUGUGUGUCUCCUGCAAAGACGACGGCCACUGUAGCUGGGAUCAUGACUGCCCUGAGUUCCGUCGCCGCUGCGAAGACUAUGACCGGCGCCACCCUGAGAACUGCAGGGUGUACUUCCCAACGAACGAAGCCUGGACGUAUGAAGCUACAAUAGAGCCUGGCACCUUCUUGAACGACCACAAGCGUCACAGGAAAGCAUCUUAUGGGCAUCUGGCGGGCCCGCGUCGCCCCACACGAAACCUAGGUGACGCACCUACCCGGACUGUACCCGAAGGAACUUCUCAGACUGCACGCCGGCGCUUAUCUACGAGCUCGCUAAGCAAGUCCCUGGAAGCUAACGGACCACUGCCCCCGACAAACUCGGAUGAAUAA